AGAACACAGACAACAACAAACACAGGCAAGCCAAGCGUGUGUCUCGGUCCUCUGUCUUAUUAUUUUACAUAUUCCAGAAAAUGCAUCUUAGUUGUGACGACCAGACUAAAAUGUACUUUUAUGAGAACAGACUUCAAACAUUCGUUGGAUGGCCGUUUGAAGAGGGCUGCAUUUGCACUCCACAAAAUAUGGCCAAAGCUGGAUUUAUUCACACCCCGUGGGAGAAUAGUCCAGAUACAGCGCAGUGUUUCUUCUGUCUGAAAGAGCUGGAAGGAUGGGAACCCGAGGAUGACCCUGAGAAAGAGCAUAAGACACAUUCUCCUAGCUGUGAUUUUAUCUUGCUAAAGAAGACUGUGGAUAGUCUGACUGUGGAUGAGUUUCUGAAACUUCAGAAAGAGAGACAGAAGUUUAUCAUCAAAAAAUCAUGUAAACAGGCGGUUGAUAAAUUUGAAGAGGCGGUGAAGGUCAAGAGGGCUCAGAUCAUCCAGACGGCGAUGGGGGAAGAGUAAAGAGUUUAAUUUUGCUGUGGUCUGAUUUUUUUGUGGAGCUCACUUUCUUCUUUUCUUUUUGUAUGUCAUGCAAAGCUGUAUGUUUUAUAAAUGUUACAUUGAUGAAAUCUGUAUGUCAAGCCACCUGUUGAAAUUGACCAUAUACACAUACUAUUUAUUUGAAAAUGAUCUUAAUUCAAUACUCUCGUAUGGCCCCUUUAAAGUGUUUAAGGGACAUAAGUCUUAUGACUUGUUCUUUAAGUCUUUUUCUUUGUUUGUCUGUUAAUUAUAAAAACUGAAA